AUGCGCUUUGACGCAGGGAAAAGCCAUGCUGCCGGGCAAUUCCGCCGUGGGCGUUUGGAUGACUUAGCGUCGAUGACGCAUCCCGGGCUGAUUCAUCAUGGGACGACGGCAUUCCCCCCCACUUUACCGUGGCGGAAGAUCCGCCGCCUAUGUCGACGACUUCCAACGAUCUCCAUGUCUCCGCGUACCAACUGCGUCAAGAUAUCGUCUUCGACCUCCACGGCUAGUGUCCAAGCCUCGUGCGCUCUAGUCGACUCCUCCACAGAAUGCCGUCCCAGUGAACUACUCGCCCAACAGGUACGCCGAAUUGACGGUUUCCACGACGCGUCCCCCACCCACAACGCCGGCGUCUGCGGUUCGCGUUCACUCGCGAUGCUCUCCUCGGCCAUCAUCUCGUCCACCAUGGCCGCGGGCACCGCCGUGGACGCGAUGGCGACCUCUGCCGCCGCCGACGCAGGCGCUUCGCAGCCCCCAGAGCAGUGGCGCAUGCUCUCCAACGACGGACACGUCUACUUCCUCCACGACCUCGACUUCGAGGCCUUCGGCGUGGCCAGGCUGGCGCACUUGCAGGCCAUCCACCCCCACAGGGCUCAACCGAGUCACACCGCUGGAGAUUCCAGUUCCACCCUGUCGAAUGCGAAGCUGCCCUUGGCACUUAGAGCGCUCCCCUUCGUAGCCGGAGUCUUUCUGAAGAAGGAGAAGUGCAUUUCCAAGAAGGUGAGACGAGAACCGCUUCGGUUUGCCGAAAGACUUCAUCUUCUUCCGCGUUCGAGCCCGUCCGCUGUGAAUCUGUGUGUUCCCCGCCUCCUCCUCCUUCACCAUUUCAACUUCGAGGUCGCGUUCUCGGGCGCCGAGGCGUCGUUGAAUGAGGAAUGUUGGUGCUGUGGCAUAACGUGCCUCGAUGUCGACAUUAGUGUGUGUGUGUUUACUGUGGAGUCGAAGUACGCGCGACCCACGUUCGCUGUCGAUUGCCGAGAACGCGCGUCUUGUACGUCGGAGGGAGUUACUGACUUGGAGGAUUUUCGUGGUGAUCUCGCGGCCGCACACAACGACGUUGAUUUGCGUAAAUUGUCGUGA